CUGAACAUGUGGUUAUAUACCUCCCAACGUGGCAGCGCGCCUUAUCCACCAACUGGUUAUGGUGCGUAAGGUCUUGAAACCGAUCGUCCAACACCUUGUGCAUCAUUUUUCCCACCCGCCAUGGCUUCCACCACUUUGCCUCCGGCAACCCCCUCGCAGCUGUGCUCUGGAAAGAAUGGAAUUCUGUGUUCUUCACAAGCCCUUCUUAUGAAGCCCAUAAGGACCCAGACGAUGGAGAAGGGCAAGGGAAGGAGAAUAGUUUGCCAGGCCACCAGUGUUCCUGCGGAUGAUCGAGUACCAGAUAUGGGGAAAAGGCAGCUCAUGAAUCUUCUUCUUCUGGGUGCUAUUUCACUUCCUACUGCUGGAAUGCUUGUCCCUUACGCCUCUUUCUUCGCCCCACCGGGCACAGGAUCGUCUAGUAGUGGCACAAUUGCCAAGGAUGCCAUAGGAAAUGAUGUUGUAGCUGACCAAUGGCUGAAGACACAUGGCCCUGGGGACCGUACCCUUACCCAGGGAUUGAAGGGAGAUCCUACGUAUCUCGUGGUGGAGAAAGACAGAACACUUGCAACAUACGGGAUUAAUGCGGUGUGCACACACCUCGGAUGUGUUGUGCCAUGGAAUCAAGCUGAGAACAAGUUCAUCUGCCCUUGCCAUGGAUCCCAGUACAAUGACCAAGGAAGAGUUGUGAGAGGACCUGCUCCCCUGUCUCUGGCGUUGGCGCAUUGUGACAUAGAUGAUGGGAAAGUCGUGUUUGUACCUUGGGUUGAAACAGAUUUCAGAACAGGAGAGGCUCCAUGGUGGGCUUAAGUCUAUGGAAGCCGUCCCUUAUCUAUCACAGGUUUGAUCUGCAACAUAACAAUGGGAUUUUGUACUAAAUCCAUGGGAGCAUUUUAUGUUCAUUGUAGUUAAUAUUUUGUAUAUUGAAAAUCAUAAGAUGAAAAGGAAACUGCAGAACCACGUUUUUCUUUUCUUUUCCGCCCGUAA